AUGGAACCUGAAGCAAUUCGUCCAGAUCGCGAUAAAACUGGUCGUCAAAAAAAUCCACGACGUAAUAUUAUGAUAAAUAAUAAUAAAUUAUCAGAUAAUAUAAUUAAAAAAAUGUCCGCCGUAUCAAUGUUAACUGAAUUACCAACAUAUAUGGAUUAUGAUGAACGACAGCAACAGCAACAACAACAACAACAACAACAACAACAACAAACAAAUAUUAUUUGUCGUUCAGAAAGUGCACCGCUUGAAACUAUUGAAAGUAAUAAUAGUAAUAAUAAUAAUAAUAAAAAUUGUGAAAAUAUUUUAUCAACUUUAAUGGAAAUUGAAAAUAUUUGCAAUCAAUUACGUGAUGCACAGCCAAUAUUUACUAAAAUAAAUAUUAAAUUAUCGGAUGCGAUUCUUCGUCCGUCUUUAAUUGCGCCUCGUUCACCUCUAUUGUUCGAUGGAUCUCAAGGAAUGGGAGAUUGUAAACAUUUUAUCGAUAGUAUUCGCCGUCUCACUGUACUUCUCUUUGAUUAUGUCAAUACGCUGAAACCGGUUGCUGAUCUUAAUCCCUCUGAUAAGAUAUCACUGAUACGAAAUUGCUUUGCACAAUUUGCUUUACUUACGGCAACAUUUCAUACCGUGCAAAAUACUCUAAACGAUUCGCUAAUUUUAUUGCCAAAUGGUUAUUGCUUUCAUCGAAAUAAGCAAUUUAAAACGUCGAAAAAAUCGAGGGAAGAUAGCGUUGAUGACGAUGAUGAUAAACUUUUGCAAUUACUCGAUGGUAGAAUAAAUUCAAUCAAGCAAAGUAUCUUUGAUCAAGUGAUAAAUCCGAUGCGACGUCUUCGUUUAACGCAAAUCGAAAUGGUCGCAUUAAAAGCAAUCUUAACAAUUGAUCCAAAUGCAGCGAAACUUGAUAAUAGUUCAUUAACAAUUUUGGCAAUUGCAAGAGAAUCUGUGCAAACUGCAUUAUAUGCAAAUAUUGGCUCACGCUUUUCAUCAUCUGAAGCAACUGCACGUUUCGGCAAUAUUUUAUUGCUUAUUUCAAAUAUUUCUGUAAAAUUCCGUAAAGUAAGUUCGGCAUUAACAUCGCUUUGUGAAACAACUCACGAUCUUAUUGAGAAUUUCGAUCCUAUAAUUUACGAAUUAAUCUAUGGCAAUGAUGAUUGA